GGAUCUUAUAUCUGGGGCCGGAGUGUGCACAAUGUGCGCAUCGAGCAACUAUGGUGCGACCUGACAAGCGGGUUUGGCUCCAAGUGGAAGGACUUCUUUCAGUGUCUCAAGGCACAUGAAGGCCUCAAUCCCGAUCUAGAGAGUCAUAUGUGGCUCUUGCACCACCUCUUCCUAGAUGCCAUCAACGAGGAUGCUCUGGAAUGGGCAGAAGCAUGGAACAACCAUGUCAUGUCCAUUCAAGGUGAACGACACACCAGUCCAAGAGAUAUGUUUUUCUUCAGAAUGUUAGAAAAUGGAGUGCAUGGUUUUGAGGGUCUUGAAGAUGAUGAAGAUCUGGAUGAUCUAGCACCAUAUGGGAUCGACUGGGAGUCUAUUGAUGACCGUCGUAUAAUUUAUCACCAUCAUGCAAACAAUGAAGAUGAACUUGGCAAGAAUCCUUUCAUCACUCACCACCCACAGCAGUUUUCAGAGGUCAUGGUUCCGGAGGCGGACAGCCCACUUUCACUCAAGCAAGUGCAGUUUCUUGGAAUACAGCUUGAGGCUUUAAUACCAGUCCACUCUCGCAGCAUGGAAUCCAGAUGUUUUAUUUGGUCUACAGCUUUACAGAUUUGUAGAAAUCUUUUUACGCAUGAGGAUGGUGUACUGUAG